CUUGAAAUCUGACUGAUGGGGCUGGCCACUGUCCCUAUAAAAAGCAAGGACUGAGCCAGCACCUUGUGCCAGACACAGGAGGAAUCUGCUCGGGUCUUGCCUCUGCCUUUGCAGUUCAUCUCUGUCCAUAAUGAACAUCUCCACAGCGUGCCUCUCCAUCAUUGUCGUUGCUGCCCUCUUUCCUCAGGCCUCUCCUGCUCCAAUUGGGGCUGACACAACUGUGUGCUGCUUCAGCUACACCUUACGAAAGCUGCCCCAGAGUCAUGUGAAGAAUUAUUUCUACACCAGCAGCAAGUGCUCACAGCCAGCAGUUGUGUUCGUCACCUGGAAGAACCGGGAGGUCUGUGCUAACCCUGAUGCCAAGUGGGUGAAGGAAUAUGUGAACACCCUGGAGCUACAGUGAGCACUGGGAGCUGAGAGGUCUCUGCCCUGGAGAAGUCCUGCAAGGCCAUCCAGUAGAGCCUUGGCACAGACCUGGAACUCCUGCUGCUGAGCACCAGGACCUGCUGAACCACCUCUGGCACCCUGAAGUUCCUUUUGUCUUGCAAAAGUGACAUUUGUCCAUGAUAAUGUGAUGGUGGAGACAUCCUGGCCUUGCAGUCCUGUCUUGGCAUAGCCUGCUGUGUGACAUGUGCCUAAACUCUCCCCUCCUUGUGCCUCCAUUGCUAGAAUGGGAGAGGGAUUUUUAUCCCUAGAGCUAUUUGUGGAAAGUGGUUUGUUGAAAUUAGGUAUGAGUGCUCUAAACUCAGGCUGACUUCCAAGUCAGCUGGCUGCAUUUUGCCGUGGUACAAUACAUGCUCUGACCUGUCUCCUCAGCGGAGGAAGUGGUAUACUGGUUACUUACAGGAUGCUUAUUGUGGAACCACAUUGUUCAGCCUUGUUCUCAAAAUGCUGUCUCUUGCUGCUGCCAAAGAAUAAAGAUUUUUUUCUCUCUGUG